AUGAACUGCAGACGUCAGCUUACAAUUAGAGCGCUCCAUGGUGAUGUAAAAGCUGAAACCUCGGAUAAAAGACGCUGGAAACGACGUCUGCGGAGAGACGAGUGUUCGAUGCCGCCGACAGCGUCCGGCUGGACCCGCGGCAGCCGCUUGGACGCUGCUGGUGUCGCAGGCGUUGGCGGUGCGCAGCCUUCGGACCAGGACGCUGCCUGCCUUCUCUGGUGCGAACGAUUCCGGCCGACGUGCGUUGAGGAGUUGGCUGUGGCGCCAAAGAAACGAGUUGAGAUCGAGACUUGGCUCUGUCACGCUUGGGAGACGUGUUCGAACAGCCAGUUCGAAGCUGCGCCCUGUGCGCCGCAAGUGGCACUCAUUUGGGGCCCUAGCGGUGCCGGGGCGUCAGCGACUUUGGACGUUCUGGCCACCCAGCGAUUUCGAGCGACGGUUGUACGAUGGACUUGUACCGAUCGCUACUUUGACACCGAGCUGGGAAGCGCCUCAGUACUGGAGAGCUUUCUAGAGUUUCUGUUGAUGGUAAGCAACACGCCCGCGGAUGAGUGGCGUGGCAACGCUAGCUUCACUCAACGGAGUUCGGUGACGCAUCUACGCCAGCAGAACCAGCCUGGUGCGGAGCGGCUUGGGGCUAAUGCCUCCGCCGGACACCACCACGACCGAUAUCUCGCCGUCGUCGAGGACUUUCCUGUGGGCAUCCAAGAGCGCGACCACGCAGUUUACAGUUCGUUCCAGAGUCGUUUGCUUGCGCUGCUUGCCGGACUGCGACUGCCUUUGGCCUGGAUCUUGCCCAGCGACCCGCACUGGCGUGCUCGCCAGAUUCGCUUCUUGUUCGGAGGCCAGGCAAAGCUGCCGGAUCAGUUGCCGCCGUGGGUGCGACACAUUGAGUUUCUCCCGGUGACUGAGAGGCGCAUUCAAACAGUUUUGCUUCAAAUUGCCGCGAGACUGGCUGAUGCGCGCGAUGCCGAUAGGUUUGGACGUUCCUCGGCACUGGAGCAGAUUACGGCAGAGUUAGCUCGACGAUGUGCUGGCGACAUCCGUCGGGCCAUUCAAUGGAUGCAGUUCUGUUUCGUGGGCCAGGCGAUGGAGCCUAUUGCUGCGCCUGGUACGAAACCAACCAAGAGGGGACGCUUUCUUGAAAAUUGGAAAUGCUUGUCUGAACUGAUGCAGCAUUUCGAGGGAAAUGCGCGGAUCGGUCUCAGCCAUAUGAUCGCGAGAAUUCUCUACGAUAAGCACCAAGCAGAAGAAUGGCAGAUCGAUGAUGAAUACUGCAUCGAUGACAUUGGACGCUCGUGCAAUGCUGAUGGAGAUAUCGGCAACAUCACCUUGCCGACAACGGCUACAGAGUGCUCUAUGUUUCUCAGUGCUUUGCACGAGAAUUUCGUCGAGCAUUUCGUACGAAUAGAGGACGUCGCUUUAGCGCUAGCGGAUUUUAGUUACGCUGAUAUGAUGCAGCGCAAUAAGCUCGAUGUCGAAGCGGUGAUCGCGCUCCAAGUUGCUGUUUGCGGUGUACGCUGCGCCAACCGGUGCCACGCUCCUGCAAGGUUUCGGCCAAUUCGUCUGCAGCCACGUCGGUAUGGAACGCACGCCAUCCGACCGAGUUCGACGUUGUAUGAUGAAAACGUGAACGAUUAUCGUGAUGCGACAGGGCUUGGGCGUCGUGCAUGGGAGCCGGCUGCGUUUACCAUGCGGAGCAAAGCGACACAAUUACCGUGUUGGACAUCCCCGGCGAAUGACACGCUGGAGUCGGCUGAGUCCACGGCUCUGUUCCUGGAUCCUAUCGAGGAUGCGGAUAGCCGCCCGAGCAGGGCAUCAGAAAACACAGGUCAACCUCUCCGUAACGAUUGCACAAGGUCGGCAACACUACUAGAGACCACUCACGUAUCGACAAUCUGUGCACCCUGGUCUUCCAAUCGUAGGAGGCGCUACAGCGUGCGAGUGAUCAACGACAAUGCGCUGCCGAUGCACAGCGUUUCUGCAAAUGCAUCACGCAUCUCAGCGGAAGCGGGACGCGCUCCUGGACCCUGGAGCGACCACGAGCCGGCAGCAGCAUUUGCGGUGGGUCUCGCGAGCGAUGAGUUCGGUCUGAGCGGCGAAGCGCACUUACCGAGCAGCCGGAGACAACGCACAUCCACAUCGGGGACGUCACCCUCGCCAGCAUACGAAUCUUCAGUCGGAGAGGACACUGUGAGACGAGCCCGUGUUUCAGAGGCCCUUUCGCCCGACAUUGAGCCUCGGGAUCAAGUCCUGCAUUGUCUCUUGGAUAUGUAUGAGAAACGCACUGACCAUUUGUGUGCAUCAUGA